GAUGGCGGCGGAAAUCCACUCGCGGCCGCAGAGCAGCCGCCCGGUCCUGCUCAACAAGAUCGAGGGCCACCAGGACGCCGUCACCGCGGCGCUCCUCAUCCCCAAGGAGGACGGCGUGAUCACGGCCAGCGAGGACAGAACAAUCCGGGUAUGGCUGAAACGAGACAGUGGUCAGUACUGGCCCAGCAUUUAUCACACAAUGGCAUCUCCUUGCUCAACUAUGGCAUACCAUCAUGAUAGCAGAAGGAUAUUUGUGGGCCAGGAUAAUGGAGCCAUAAUGGAAUUUCAUGUCUCUGAAGAUUUUAAUAAGAUGAACUUUGUUAAGACCUACCCAGCUCAUCAGAACCGGGUAUCUGCAGUUAUCUUCUGCUUGGGGGCAGAAUGGGUUAUCAGCACAGGUCAUGACAAGUGUGUCAGCUGGAUGUGUACCAGGAGUGGGAAUAUGCUUGGGAGACACUACUUCACUUCUUGGGCUUCAUGCUUACAAUAUGACUUUGACACUCAACAUGCCUUUGUUGGAGACUAUUCUGGGCAGAUCACACUGCUGAAGCUUGAACAGAACACCUCUUCAAUUAUUACAACCCUUAAAGGGCAUGAAGGCAGCGUUGCUUCACUGUGGUGGGAUCCUAUUCAGCGGUUACUCUUCUCAGGAGCAUCUGACAACAGCAUCAUCAUGUGGGACAUCGGGGGAAGAAAAGGCCGGAUGCUGCUGCUUCAGGGCCAUCAUGACCGGGUGCAAUCUCUUUGUUACCUUGCACUUACGAGACAGCUGGUUUCUUGUUCAUCUGAUGGGGGAAUCGCUGUCUGGAACAUGGAUGUCCAAAGAGAAGAGGCUCCUCAAUGGUUAGAAAGCGAUUCUUGUCAAAAAUGUGAACAACCCUUCUUUUGGAACAUAAAGCAGAUGUGGGACACAAAGACACUGGGGUUAAGACAGCAUCACUGUAGGAAGUGUGGGCAAGCAGUGUGUGGAAAGUGCAGCACCAGGCGCUCUACGUACCCAGUCAUGGGCUUCGAGUUCCAGGUCCGCAUGUGCGACUCUUGCUAUGACUCCAUCAAAGAUGAAGAUCGCACUUCUCUGGCAACCUUUCAUGAAGGAAAACAUAACAUUUCUCACAUGUCUAUGGAUGUUGCUAGGGGACUAAUGGUGACCUGUGGGACCGAUCGUGUUGUAAAGAUAUGGGACAUGACGCCUGUAGUUGGUUGUAGUCUUGCGACUGGAUUCUCCUCCCGCUGACCUAGGACCUGGGCAAUUUAUGCACCUCAUGUACAGCAACAAGCACCAAAUGAAGUCCUUCCUCUGAAUAGCUCCACGAUUUCUGGUUGCUUGAAUAUCCAGUAACCAUUUAAAAAACAAAGUUAAAAAAAGUUUUUGUUCUGUAGGACACCCCUGGAACCGCCUCGAUGCAGACAUGCCUCUAAAUGUCUUGGUAGGAUGGAUACAAAGGAUCAUCUGUAAUGUGAGUCCUGGAAAAGCGGACUUAACUUCAGCUUAGUUUGCAUGUGAACAGUGUGUUAAAAUGUCCUGAAAAAGGAAUCAGAUGAGAAGGUUAGUGGAAAACAUUGAACAGAGACAUAAAGGACUUUUGGUAAAUGGUUCCCAUAGGAUUCUAAAUCUACUCACAAACCAGUCUAGCCAGAUUCCCAAAGCACUUUUCUGGCUGUACAGAUUGUUGGAGCAAGAAGGAAGAGCAAGGAAGACACACAAUACCUGGUCUGUCUUUCUUGAGGGGCAGUGAUUGAAUUCUGAACUGCCAGAGAGUCCUAUCUGCUGCCACAACUGGAGUAUGUUCUGUAGCAUAGUGAUUGCCAAGACUCCUCAAGGCGUCUCUUUUCCCCAGGCCGUGUGAUAGUCUGCACAUAGUUUCAGCCACCUUCAGUCAUUUGUAGAUUUCUUCUUUUUUUUUUUUUCUUGUCUCAUAUACACGGGCCACCGUAGAUGUUUGUAAGUCAGUCGUAAACUCUCUCCGUCCCCAGAGGCAGUCCAAGCUGGCCAUGUACCACCCAGCAGUUAGUUUGCAGACAUUUCUAUGGUGCUGUUAAAAUGGGAAACACACUAAACUGCCUCGCUUUUCUCAUUGCAGUGAAGAAUGAUUAUGGUACCAUCAUGACUGUAUGGGAAACGGUCUGUGUGUUCCAUCCAACAGUCUGGUCCAUUUGAUACUGAAAACCUCUUUCUAGUUCUAAAUUGAGGAUCUGAGAGAUUGCAGUAGCAAUUCAGUGCGCACUUCAGAAGAUCGAGCUGGUGUUUAAGCUCUGCGGCUUUUUUGGAGUUCUUCGUAUUUCUUGGUGCUCCUUAAGAGUAGUCGAUGACUCAAGACAAUAGUUCUAAAAUCAGACUUUGCACAGUAAGCAGUAACUUGCUGAUAUGAGACCUAACAUUUUCUUUUAGUUGUUAACCAAGUUUAGUGUAGAGGCCAGGUCUUGUUAAAACUGUUCAGCUAAUUGUUUCCUGGACAAUGUCAGCAUUCCAUCCAUUUUAAUAUUAAAAUAUUUAUGAUUUAUUGCCUGCUGGGCUGCAGAAAUGGGCACACUUUUUAGUAUACUCGGUUAGACUUUUUGAAGAAAAAAUUUUAAAACAGAUGGUAAUGGUGUCUGUUCCUGUGCACUGAUGUAUUUGGGUUAAAAGGCUCUGCUAGUUCGUGGUUAAUUUUGUGGGAUUAAAAUGAGUCGUAGACUCUCUUUUAUAGUAAUAGUUAAGUGGAAUAUCAAAUUUAGGAAAUUUAAAUUAGAAUUAAAUAUUUUAAAGUCCAGAUGACAUGAACUAAGAGGGGAUUGGGGGAGGGCUGUCACAUGCAUCAUGUUUUGAAUUAGCCUUCACUUAUUUCUGAAUAGCAGUCAAUUUUUGGUAUUAAAUACUGUUUUUUGGGUUGCUGUACUUAGGAGAGGUUUUAUUUUUGAAAACUUGUUAGACUUCCUGCCAAAGGCCCCAUAUGUUGCUUACUGAAAAUGUAAUUUAAAAAAAAAUAUAACAUUGAAUGUUAAACAUCUUAUAGUAAUUUCCAUUUGAACAAAUGUUCUUCCCCUGUGUUCAGCCCAUAUGAAGGUACUGUCCUGGGGAUCUGAUUGGUCCUUACAAGGAAGCUAGCUAUGAUUGACUCUUUGCCUUGUUGAAAAGUGCUGAACCUCUAGUCUUGUUUUUUCCUAAACUUUCCAAAGUGUCAUGUUUCUUCCGUGCGAUAGACAGGACACAUUAUCAAGGCUUUAGGCAGGAUUGUACAGUUUUGAAUUAUUUCCAUUUUCGAGAUACUUAAUGAAAAAUCCAGUGUUCCAGAGAGUGACACGAUGUUGCUAUAGCAACUCCUAAGGUAUUAACUUAAUAUAAAUCGGGGAAGAAAUGGAUGUUAAGCUAAAAUGGAAGUGCAAUAUCUAGGGAAAGCAAAGGAAAAUGGUUCAGUUUUUUUUUUCACUUGAGUUGUUACUAAAAAAAAAACACACAUUACAGAAAUGUCUUAUCACUAUCACAAAUUCAGUGACAAAAAAGUGUAAGUAAUACUGUUUAGAGAAACAAAUAAAAAUUAUUUCCUUAAGUUUACUAUUGGAAAGAGUACUGGUAAGGUUAUAUUAUAGAUACUUCAUUAAUUUUUAUUUGUGGAGAGGAGAGGGUUAUUUCAGAUUGUCCAUAAAUAGCAGUUCAUUUAUCUCUUCAUUCCUCCAUGCUCACGUUCACAAACAUUAUUAGGAAUUUCAAGCUCAUAAUAUUGGGGAAGGAGGUCCUUAUGUUAAGUGCUAGUAGAAAGUAUUGUGAUAAAGAAAGACCAAUUGCUUAUUUAAUACAAUUCCUUAGUUUCCCUGUGUCAGUCUCAGUGGUAAGGCCAAUCCCCUUAGCCCCUGAGCAUCACAUAGAUACAGAUAAUUCAUUACUUCUCAAAUCUCUCUAAGAGUGUGUCCUAGUUCCUAUUUUGCUGCCUAGGGCAAUUAAAAAUUAUUAUAGCACUUUCCAGUUCUUAUUCUCUUCCUGAAGAAUCCAAGUGAGUUGUAUCUUGAAUUUGCAAUUGUUUAAACUUGCCCCAGUUGUGGUUAAAAAAAAAUUAUAUAUAUAAUAUAGUGGUUAAAACUUAAGCAGGUAUUUUCUAAAACCAAUUUGCAUUUAAAUAACAUCUGUUUAAGUUAUUGAUUCUGUUACCUCCAGAAAUUGAACAAACUCAUUGUUGCUCUUGAUGAAAUACCAAUUACUCAUUAUAAACUCGGGGUUUAACAGUGAGUAAUGUGUAGUAUAUGUAUUCAAGUGUCUAUUGCUUUGUUGUUAAAUGCAAGCAGAUUAUUGAAUGCCUACUGUAUUUUCUGCAGUUUACUAUACCAUACCAAUUUAAUUGUGUAAGAAAUUUGUAUUUAGGAUACAAUUUUAAGUGUUUUUUUCUUGUAGAGUCUUUUUCGAAUGGGGGAGUAUAGGGUACUACUAAGUGUAUUUUAGUCUCUUACUAGCUAUUUUCUGCAAGAUACUGUGCCCUGCAUAAGUUGGAGAGACUAGAUAAACUUUUUCCCUUGCUCCUCUCUAUUUGUGGGUUUUGUUUUUGUGGGGAUUUUUUGGAAUACGUGUACAAUAAAAAAUGUUUCUUGCUUGUUAA